AUGUUUUUAACAUGUGAAGUAUGUGGUGAGCAGAUGAAUCAGAUAGAUGAUUUAUUAGUUUGUGAGAAUGGACAUACUAUAACAAGCACUUUAAUAGUUAAUGAUCACACACAGAAAUCACUUGGAAAGAAGCAAGUAGUUAAAAAAGUAAAAGCUAAAAAAGUUCUAACUGUUAGAAAUAAAGAUAAAACACCUGAACAACUUGAAAAAGAAAAGAACAUUCGUUAUAAAACAAGUUUAAUGCUCAUUAACGAUAUUUUUGAUGAAUUAAUCAAAAAGAAGGUUAUUAAAUCAAAAAUAAUCUUUAAAUAUUUUACUGGUUUUUUUGAAAAUGCAAGUCCGCCAAUUUUUAUGAAUGUUAGUGAGAUUAGAAAAACUUCUUUAAAUGACGAUUUUUAUUUGCGUUCUAAAAAAUUUAGUAAUUGUGAUACUCUAAACAUUCCUACAUUUUUUGGUAUCUCUGAUUUAUACACAAUCUUGUAUUUACAAAUGAGACAUGAACGAGAGAAAGAAGGUAGAGUUCUUUUAUUUACAGAGUUUUUUACUUUUAUCAAUUCAUUGUUAUUUUUAGACGUUUUUAAAAAAUUUACUAAAAAACACAGGUUAAAAUCAGGAAAUCAAAUAAUCAAUUGGGGAAUAGAAAAGUUUAAGGCGAUAGUUAUUAUUGAAGAGAAAUUAAAAUUUUAUGGUAAUUAUGAUAAUAGUAAACCUUAUUAUGAUUGUUCAUAUAUAAAGGCUGAAUCAGGUGUAAUUAGUAUAAAAAUACAACGUAUAAAAUUUUUAAUAAGAUCAACCAUUAACUAUUCAACUGAGAUGGCAAAAACAUAUGUUGAUUGUUUUAUUAAAGAAUUUAAUAUUGAAGAGGUGGUUGAAAAAAAACAACUUUAUUUUUAUUUAUACAAAUUGGUUUAUACAAGGGAUAGCAAUUUGAUUUUUGUUCCUGAAAUUGAGUAUCUAGUGUUUAUUUAUUUAUAUUUACAUUCAUUUCAUAGGGAGCAUAUUGAAAGAGUUAAAGGUAAUUUUGAAAGUUUGUAUAAAAUCAAUGAUUUUAAUGAGUUUGUGAGUAAGAGAAUUGGUCUUUAUAAUGCCACAACAGAUCCACAAGAGUAUAUUAAUUUUAUAAACAAGGCACUGAUUUGA